AUGACGUUAUGUAUUUCGUAGCAACUCGUCGACGGAAACAGUUGUUGAUUGGAUGACCGUAUUCUGGCAUUGCGCUUUAAUGGUGGAUCUGGUCAGUAUUUACAGUAAACAAGAUAUUAUUUUCAAGAGUACUUUAUUGGGCGAACAAAGAAGACAAUAACAAACCGAAACCGAGGCUUAGAAAGUGUUGACAGGAUCUGACAGAUUCUGUUGUGGAAAAAGCGGAGUUACAACUUGAUGAAGAUUUUUUUAAGUGCUAAAGUGAAGAACAUUAAAAAUGAGGGACGAAAUUGCAGCAGCAGUGGUGUUUUUAUCACGUUUAGUACGGCAAUGCGGUAGCAUCCCAAACGAGAAAAUGGAAUCCUUCUCAAGUAGUCUUUCAGCAGUGCUGGUCGAGAAAUUUAAGAACCACUGGUAUCAAGAUUUUCCAGCUAAAGGACAAGCUUAUAGAUGUAUAAGAAUCAACCCAGAAGAACCAAAUGACCCAGUCAUGGAAAGUGCUGUACACAAAUCUGGUCUCGAAUACAAAGAUCUCAAGUUGUUUUGUGAACUGACACUAUGGGUAGAUCCUUCAGAUGUCUCUUGCAGGUUUGGUGAGGCAAACAGACCAGUGUGUACUCUUGCAACAUCCAAAGAUGGAAAUCUUGAAAACAGAGCACAUACUGUUGACAUAGAUGAAUAUCUACAGAAAGAGAAGGAUAGAUAUAACAAUCAGGUGAAUAUUGUUACCACCCGAUCAUCUCUUGCAUCCCGUCCAUACAACAGCAACCAUAAUCUAGUCUAUAAUGGUUUCAAUAGUUUCCAACAGCAUAAUUACUACAACAACCACCGCCACCGCAAUAGUCGUCGUAAAUUGCCAUCGGAACAGCAGGUCAAUGGGGUGAGGCAUUCUCCCGAGCAUGUCAACGAGGUCAGACAGCAGUUUAUGAAUCAAGUGAACAGCAUUGCAGGGAAAGCCAAUGAGAAGUCUGAUGAACAACCCUCAUCGAGCUUGUCGGAAGACAGCGGUUCAUCGUCAGACGGAAGCAGCAAAUCACCUGAUCAAAGCCCGGAGAAAUCUCAGGAGAAAAAAUCAAAUAAAUCUCAUCAAAAUAAAGGGAAGCAUACCUCAAAUCUCAAUCAGGGAAAGUCCAAACAAGGCAGCUCAAAUCAAGGGUUCAAAAAUUUCCAGAGCAAAAGCACAGAGCAGUUUUCUUGGGGUAAAGGAUCAGGGCCAUCUCAUAGUAAAUUCAAUCAAGCACCAAAGGUUCACUAGUAAUAAAUAAAAAUGUGUUCAUUUCAUUACUGAUUGGCCAGACGAUAUUUUUAUUUAUAUCAGAGUAUUUAUAUUUUUUUCUUCAUUGUUUUAUUUUUUUGCUUAAUGGAAAUGAACAUGUUUCUUUGGUUGUAUCUGUGCUAUAGGGAAAAUCACAAUAUAUAUUGUGGGGAAAUCAUAAUGACACAUAUAUGUGAGAGCUUAUUUUAAUCGCACCAGGAAAUACUCUAAACAAUAACAUGACUAAUGCUUAAAUGGGAGGAAAAACUAUUGUUUAUGCCAUAUGUAAUUUUAGUGCUACUUACAUUGGAAAAAGAUUAAACCUGCUUGAAAAUGAUAACAGAUGCAGCAUGACUGUAUUUAAUUACCAGCAUAUUUUUGCAUAUUACAUGUACAUGUACUUCAUAUGACAAGUUUUAGGGCAAAAACGUACUUUUUAAAUAUAUAUGUGAUAGGUAUGAAAUGUAAACAAGAAAGUGCUCGGACAGUUAAUAGUACAUUUAUGACAUAUACUAGUGUACUGGUAGCAGGACUAAUGGUGAAGUACAUUAAACAUUAUAUUUUAUUUCUUAAUUUAUGAAAUCACUGUUUGUUUUUUCUUUGAUUUAAUGGAUAAAUUGGUUUUAAUUUUGUUUUUUUGUCGAUUUUACUUGUGGUUUUAUAUUAUGAUGAGUGAAUUCAUCGACAUUUGUAUAGUUCCACAGCAUAUAAAGUGCAAAUUGUGAUAGAUCCAUCAGUUCUGGAUGUUUUAUUAAGUUCGUAGACAUUUAUGAAUGAAUUAUUUUGUAUAUAAAGAAAUUUUACUUGCACAGAAAAUAGAGUGUAGACCAAAAUGACUGAAAUUAUGUUUUACUCAUUGAAGAAUAAAUUUAUUGUUUUAUUUUAUAAUUAACAAAUUUCCAUGACUAAUUUUGUCUAAUAAGAUUUUACUAAGAUUCAAAAUUAAACUUUCAAAACUUAGUUCAAAGCAGUUAUUCAUGAUCUUAUUUUGGAACACAACAAAAUUUUGAAUAAGUGGACAAGAAAAGAAGGUGAUUUUCCUAUAUUUCUUUUUUGACAAAAAAACAUUUGGAAAAAAAAGAAAGAAAAAUAACAAGCUAUUUCUGUGAAAUAUCCGUCUAUAAAUAAAUUUAAAACUAUAAAAUAACCGGAAAUGAACUAAGUAAUACUGAUAUCUUUUUGAAAGUUUGAAUUUUCAAAACAUGGAAUUGAUGGAUAUAAUUGUAGUUCUGCUGUAUCAGAGAAAAGUGACACAAAAUGAAGUAGUUAAGUGUUGUUUGAAUGUUCAUUGUUCCCAGAUGGAAUGACUUCUCCAUGUUGUAAUGGCAGAAUGAUUAGAUACAGUAGAAUAUUUGACAAAGUACAUGUAUAAGUUUUGAAAGUUUUUUAAUGUAAACAUGAUUUUUGUUUUAAUGAAUUCAAUUUAGAUUGCUGGAGAUUUGUAUACAACAUGGAAAAUGUAAUUUACUGGUACCAAAGUGCAUUGUGGGAGCCUUUUCUCCAAAAUGUAUGUGUUGAGGGAAGCCACUUUUCAUUUUAUCCCAUCUUGCCGUAUUUGGCAUAUCAUUUGAAUUUACUAAUAGGACAGAUUUUCAGAAACAACUGCCAUUUGAAGGCACAAUGUCAUGUUUAUUUUGAAAUAGCUUUCAACUACCCUGUACAAACUGUUGUGGAAAAGAUUAUCUUACUCCAAACUUUUUAAAACAUUGUUACAUGUACUUUUGAAAAGAUCAAUGGGUUUCAAAAUUGACUACAGUUUAUGUGCUUUUGAACAUGCUUUUCAUAUUCUGCUGUCAUGCUUAUAUUUUAUUUGUUCAAAUGGAUAUAAUUAGCUACUGUAAGAUGGUACUGUGAUCAGAAUUAAAUUUAAACUGUCCAAGCAUUGUUCCUGUACUUUUCUUCUUUUUUGAAUCAAAACAAUAUUUGAUCAGUCAAUUCCUUUAAAAUUA